AUGGCACGCUCAGAAAUAUUAUCGGCUGCCACUACAAAUACAAGGAAACGUCAAAGAAAUAACGUGUUAAUACCUCAGAAACAUACUACUACUACUAUUAGAAAUGAAGAUGACAAUGAUGAUAUUUAUCAAGAUAGUUUAAUUAAUGAAAUGUUGGAGAAACAAUCUGAAUAUCUUAACAAUAAUUUGACAUUUAAUAAUACGAAUACAAAUAAUACAAAUAAUACGAAGAAUGGUGAUGACGACGACGACGACGUAGUCUUUAUUAAAGAACAACCGGUUCAACAACCAAGAUAUGCAACUACUUCAAAUUAUAAUUAUAAUGGAAUUAAUUCAAAUACCAAUAUUAUUAUACCUAAUGGUAGUAUAACAACUAAAAAAAAACAAAGGACGAUAUCAUUACCUCAAUUACCACUUUCAAAAUUGGAUUUAUUAUCAUUAAGUAAUACAACUAAUCUUACAAAUAGUAAUAAUAAUAGUGCAAUAGAUAUUAUACCAAGAACACAAAAUGAUAAUGAAUUAUUAAACUUAACAGGUUCUUCAACAAAGACUUUAGCAUCAAAUAAAACUGUACCUUUGAGAGUAUUACAACAACCACAGAUUAAUAAUAAUAUUCAUGAUAUAAAUGAACAACAUUCUUCAAUCUUUACAAGGAAAAUUAAAAAUUAUCAUAAUCAGUUUAAAACAGAUAAAGAUGGGCAUUAUAUCUAUCACGAUAAUGAUACCUUUGGUGAAAAUAAUAAAUUCGUAGCUCAUGGACUAUUAGGACAAGGAACUUUUGGGAAAGUCCUUAAAUGUUACGAUCAACAAGAUCAAAAAUUUGUCGCAGUGAAAAUUAUUAGAGCCAUUGAUCGUUACAGAGAAGCUGCAAAGACAGAAUUAAGAGUGUUAAAUACAAUUGCUCAACAAGAUAUUACGGGAUCCUUUCAAUGCCUUCUAUUAUUAGAUUAUUUCGAUUAUAAAAACCAUAUUUGCCUCAUUACAAACUUACAUGGGAAAUCUAUAUACGAUUUCAUGUGUGCAAAUGGGAUCGGGAGAUUUCCAGGAUCUCAUAUUCAAGCUAUUGCUAGACAAUUGAUUAGAUCGAUUUGUUUCUUACAUGAACUUAAUAUUAUUCAUACAGAUAUUAAACCAGAAAAUAUUUUAUUAUGUGAUGAUCAAAAUUAUGCUCAAUAUCAAUUACCUGAUAAAAUUCUGUCAGGUUUAUCCAAGAGAAGAAAAACUGCUUCGAAUAAUGGUUUAAGAAAAAUAUUACAAACCCCAGAGAUUAAAAUAAUUGAUUUUGGAAGUGCUGUCUUCUUUGAUGAAUAUCAUCCUCCAAUCAUUUCAACAAGACAUUAUAGGGCUCCUGAGAUUGUCUUAGGGUUAAGUUGGUCUUACCCAUGUGAUAUUUGGUCAAUUGCGUGUGUCCUAGUAGAAUUAGCUACAGGUGAAUCUUUAUAUCCAAUUCAUAACAAUUUUGAACAUUUAACUAUGAUGCAAAGAAUUAAUAAUAAACCUGUCCCUGAAAAAUUGGUUGAUACAAUGUUUUAUAAAUAUGAUAAUAAUAUUGGUAAUUUACCUUCAGAUUUAAAUUCUACAGUAAUAAAGCAUUUCAAUAGAGAUACUAAAAAAUUAAUAUGGCCAGAAAUAGAUCCUUUUACACAGACUGUCCUUACAGAACCAAAAGUUAUUAAAAGAAUAGAAAAUAAUUGUUUUAGCCUCGAUAUUUUGAUUUGCAAAUUCCUAAAGAUUGACAUGAACGAUAUGAAUUUCCAAAUAGAUACAACUUUAUCUGCAGAUGAAAAUUGGAAUCAUUUGGAACCUUUAACUUCUGCAUCAAAGGAAACAUUUUUAUUCUGGUAUUAUUUCUUAGAUUUGUUAAAUAAAAUGUUCGAAUUCGAUCCAACUCAAAGAAUUACCGCAAGGGACGCUUUGGAUCAUGAAUGGUUCAAUCUAGGUAUUUUAGAUGAAGGUAUCACUAGUUUCUACUAA